GCAAGGUAAGGAUGUGAUCUCAGUUGUCUUACGGGAAGGCUUACAACAAGGACACCUAUGGAUAUACAGCAAGGAUGACUCUGAAUGUGGACACUCCUAAUUUCAAAACCUGCACCAAACAUCACCAGGGUCCCAGGUGAUUUGUUUACCCCCCCGUAGCCAGGCGACGUGGCCAGACAGGUGAGACCAAGCCACGAAUAAUGAGAGGAAGCAGCUACUGUGGAAUCUGAGCUGAGCUAGAGGGAAGCAGAAGUGUGCUUUGUCACUGAGGAGGAACAACAUUUGUCCAGCAUACUCUGUGUUUUCAACUCUGUCCGGGGAAAAAACGGGACAUUUCAGCAAACCAAUCAACCAUUUUUCUUGUAAGCCUUCAUUCAGUGCCCUGGAUUUUUUUUUCCUCUGGGACAGACCACCAAAAGCCCAGGGCAAUUGUUUAAAUCCAGGACAGGUGGCAACACUAAUAGGCCGACCUGUGACCAUCAAGACCGCUCUCUCACACGCCUGGCAGGUGAGGACCUUUAUGAGUGCUGGCACUCCUCCAUAUUAGGUGGAGGCCAUGGGCCUGUUGAACUGACCUAACAACUGGCGUGGUUUGCUGAGAGAAUCAACGGAAGACCAGCACACCCGCUGCCAUUGAUCUAUAGGAGCGCUGGCAGUCUUCCAUGCAUGCCAAUGUCACCAUGCAUUGUACUCUCAAGUGAAGAACAAGGACCCGUUGGAGAGACCAGUAAAACUGGAGUCGAUGGUGGAUACAGAUGACUUGGUGUAAUGACUAAGGACGGAGAAAGGCAAUUGCAAGACUGAGAACAUUUCAGUUGUUCGCAAUGAUAAGUUUACACAAUUUUAUUUCAAAAAGGAAUUUGCUAGACUGAAUAUAAUAUAUGUUCAGGUCCAUGUCUUUUUUUGGGUAACGUUCAGCCAUCGAAUCUGGCUCAGCAGUGACGAUGGCUCAGUAUUUGGCUCACACGGUCAACGCCCAGCUGUUCGGCCUGGGGGCUGGCACUGUGGGGUGGAUCCUCACCAUGGUGACCAUAGGCGUGGUGCAGUGGCGGAUAUGGGUAGUGAGUGACCUCAGCAUCAUCUCGUCCGGGUAUGCUUGGGUGGGCCUCUGGAAGGUCUGCUUCUACAGCCACACGGACCUGGCCUCCAAGUACAGUUCCCUGUACUGCCAGAUGAUGGGCGUCUCUGACAGCUUCGUUCCCAUGGAGAUCGUCGCUGCCCGAGUGCUGAUGCUGGUGGCGCUGGUCCUGGGUCUGCUGGCCAAUGCCAGCACUCUGUACGGCCUGAGGAACAUCUUCUUCGGACUGGGCAAGCACAGACCCAUCCGAUUGGCUUUCACCAUUGGGGGUGUUCUUCAUCUAUUGGCCAGCGUGAGUUCCCUCGUACCCCUUGGUCUCAACAUGCAGGCUGUGUUCACCAAUCAAAACAUCAGCUUCCCGGAGAACUUCUACAUGCCGUCGGCACCUCUCCAGCAGCAUGUGGGGCCGGCUAUUUGUAUGGGCCUGUCAGGUGCCAUACUCACAGUGGCCACUGGGGUUAUUUUCCUCUUCUACCGGUUCCCGUCGAGGAGGAUACACCCCAAGGGGCAGGCAUCAGGGACUGGGGGUGGGCACGACAAUCCUGCCUUCCAGUCUGAGGAGUAGCCUGGGAAAUCCCAUGCACAAUCGUUCCGAUCCGAAAGACAGCUUGGAGUCUACCCUUAGCGAACCGACCAGAUCAUGGUACAUGUCUCUCUCCAAUGAGAGAGCAGGGAGACGUGGAAAGGCGAUGGCUGCAGUAUGAUUGGUUAUGGCUGUGUAUGCCAAAUGAUACACAUUCGUAACGUCCAAUAAACAGCCAUCAUCAAUCAUAAACCACACACCCCCUACGGGAUUUACAGUAGGCAGGUCUCCAGACCGUAUCUCACUUGUGAUUAGGUCUGGUGAUAACCGGGCAAUCGGAGGAGCGCAUCGCAGUGAGUGACUGGAAAGAAAAGAGGCUGCAAAAAGCUUCGAGUCCAUUUGAUUAAACCUUUACUUUUGCCUAAAAUCACCUGGAUUAACAACCUGGAUAAACAAAAUAACUGCAAUAACAAUUUUACAGACAUCUAGAAGUGAAGAACAUCAGUAGCCCCUUACCGCAGACGGGCAAGUCGAUGAGUCAAUUCAAUCUUAACUGAAAACACUCAACUACUGUAUACCAUAACAACAUCGCUAGGCAAUGCAGAAAGUAACAAUUAUGACUUCAUCAUUACCAUUUUGGUGACAAUAAAGGUAUAACAAAGGCUCUGCGCUAAGGGGUUAAAGUAUCAGACAAACAUGUUGAAAAUCUGAAUAAUCCUUGCAAUGGGUAGGGAUCAUACCUUGAAUGGGUAUCUGGUUUGUGCAGAGUGAAGUUUGGAGGUCUUUUAAUUCUAAGGGAUUGCCCUUCAAUUUUAAGUCACUAAGCAAACCAAACUGUUUAGAUGACUAGCGAAUGUGCAGUUUGUAUUACUGCUAUUUGUACGUCUCUACAUCAAUAG